AUGAUCGUCCCCUUAAGUAACAAACAAAUUGAUGUUUUACUCAAUUCUGGUCUCGAUGAACAGCUGUCGGUAGAUGAAAUUAUUCAGAAGUUGAGCCAAUUUUCUCUCAAUUCAAUAUUGGAUCAUCUUACCCAUCGAUUUUUUGCUUUAAAAUUUUUUCCUCGAGUCAAUCAAAUUCUAGAACAAUGGAGUAAAAAUGACCGAACAAUGUUGAAUAAAAAUGAUUCAACAACACUGCGUCAUGCAAGUAAUUUAAUAUUGCAGAUGUCAGACUCAAUGAACAAUCAACUUGAGAAUAAUAAAGCUUUACUGGAUACAAUUAAAAUAUGCUUGAAUAAUAUUUCAACAUUUGGUUACUACAUUAUGAAAUUGAACCAAGAAGAAGACUCCAAUCUAGUUUCAUUCGAUUGCAUAGUACAAACUUAUGGAAAUAUCAAAUGUAGAGCUCUUGUUGAGUCAAUAUCACGUUGUGCCACAUCAAGAUUUUCUGAAGACGCUCUUUUUGGUAUAUGUGGUCUUCCACUGAAUAAUACAGAACAUUUUCUACUCGUCACAUGUCCUGAUUAUGUUCUCAAAUGCGAUGAAGAAAAUGGAAAGUAUGCUCACUUCAUAUUUGAUCAAAUGCAUUUUCAAUACUCUAAAGUUUUUCGUUGUCCAUAUGGAGAUAUCAGCGAUUUGAUAAAUAAUUAUUCGGUUUGCUUGGUUUCUCCCUUGCGACUGAUUGCUUUUGCAAUUCGUUCACUAGAUUUGAGCGAGAAACAAUCUUUCAAAGAUAUUGCCAUUAAAAUUCUUGAAUAUGGCUGGAUCAAUUUGAAUUCAAAUUCAAAUGAAAACAAGUUCACUUGGAAAAAACUUGUUCAUUCAUGUCUUAAAAUUCUUCUCGAAAUUGGUCGUUCAGUUCCACAGUUACUUAAUGAUAUACAUGAAAAUCAAGAAUCCUUCACAAAACUUCUUGACACUCUACUAAAGCUAAGCAAUGAUCAAGAAAACGAGUAUGUUCAACUUCAAGCAUGUGAACUUAUUGCAUUGAUUGUAUCUGAAGAACAAUUUUCCAGAAUAGUUGAUAUAAAAAAGGUUCAAAUUUUAAUUUUUUAUAAAGAAAUUAUAGUCAUGAUUCUAUCUUUUACUUAUCAGGUCAUUGAACUCUUUAUGAAGAAGUUUAUUGAAGCAGUAGAAAAUGAAAGUAUUGACAACAAAGAAUACAAUGCAUCAGCGGAAGAAUUGCUCUAUGGCUUGAAAAGUUAG